AUGAUAGCACCAGUUCUGAAGCUUGCUUUCUCACUUGCACCAGCCAGUGGCACACUCACGUGGCAAGCCAACGCUUCUUCAAAGGCAAAAGCAUGGACCAAAGCAUCUCAGAUGGCGCAGCUUGGCUACACGGAUUUUAUGAACGUCGAAAAGAUCUCGCAACGCUGGUUGACCAACAAAACUAUGAAAGCAAUUCGAACUCACAAAUCCAAGAAGCGUCAGCAAAUGGUGUUCAAAAGGACUGCAUAG